AAAGGAAAAAAAAAAAAAAAAAGAGAGAUCGAAGUUUUCUAGAGAAGGAGUUCUUAGAGAAGAGAUGAAUUGCUUUUCAUGUUUUCAUUUCCAUGAAAAGAAAAAAGCUCCCAGAGAUUCAGAAAACAGCCGCCGGAGAAAUGGCGAGUUGACCGGUAGAGACAACAACAAAACACACCCUGAGAAUCCAGACAAGGCUGAAAAUGAGCAGAACAAGAACAAUGAUGCAAACAAAGAAGUGACCAACAACAUUGAUGCACAAACAUUCACCUUCAGGGAGCUAGCUACUGCCACCAAGAAUUUCAGAAAAGAAUGUUUAAUCGGUGAAGGUGGCUUCGGUAGGGUUUACAAGGGAAAACUCGAAAAAUGUGACAAGGCUGUGGCGGUGAAGCAACUAGAUAGAAACGGGCUGCAAGGGAACAGAGAGUUCAUCGUAGAAGUGAUGAUGUUAAGUCUUUUGCAUCACAAGCAUCUUGUGAAUCUCAUUGGGUAUUGUGCUGAUGGAGAUCAGAGACUUCUUGUCUAUGAGUACAUGUCUCGUGGCUCACUCGAAGAUCAUCUCCUCGAGCUAACACCAGACCAAGAACCGUUGGAUUGGGACACAAGAAUGAGAAUUGCCCUAGGAGCAGCGAUGGGUCUUGAAUACUUGCAUGACAAGGCAAAUCCUCCGGUGAUCUACAGAGAUCUCAAGGCAGCAAAUAUCCUUUUGGACAGUGACUUCAACGCCAAGUUAUCUGAUUUUGGGCUAGCAAAGGUAGGUCCUACCGGGGACAAACAGCAUGUGUCCUCCAGAGUUAUGGGAACUUACGGGUACUGUGCUCCAGAGUAUCAGAGAACCGGUCAGUUAACUAUUAAAUCUGAUGUUUAUAGCUUCGGAGUUGUGUUGUUGGAACUGAUUACUGGUAGAAGAGUUAUCGAUACGACAAGAGCCAAAGAUGAACACAAUCUAGUGACUUGGGCACAACCAAUGUUCAAAGAACCGGGCAGGUUCCAUGAGUUAGCGGAUCCAAGUUUGGAAGGAGUGUUCCCAGAGAAAGCACUUAACCAGGCCGUGGCUGUGGCUGCGAUGUGUUUACAGGAAGAGGGAACCGUACGGCCACUCAUAAGCGACGUUGUGACCGCUCUAGGUUUCUUGGGAACAGCUCCCGAUGGCUCUAUCUCUGUUCCACGCUACGACGACGUUCCUUCUCCUCCUCAGCCGUCGGGUGAAACGUCCGGUGAUGAUUCUGCAGCGGCUGAGGAACGGGAAAGAGCCGUGGCAGAGGCAAUGGAAUGGGGAGUUGCUUCGAGAGCUCAUUCGCGGAACCCAAGUGCAGCCCAGUCAUUAAACCCAAGUGCAGCACCUUCCUUAAACCCAAGCGCAUCACACUCUAGGAACCCAAGUGCUUCUUGA